GAGACCAUCAUAUUUAUAAUAUAGACACACGUAUAUAAAUAGGGGGAAAGAGAGAGAAAGAAAGAAAGAAAGAAAGAAAGAUGGAGGGGAAGUUCUACCAAAACAACAGCUUGGAAUGGGAGUUCAGUAACUUCAUAAAGGUAUGGUUAUCAGUGAUUGUAUCUCUCUGUUACUGCCAUGUUGCAGCUAAGGUUGUCCCCAAAGGCCUACCCAGACUCCUCAUAUUCAUCCCUGUAAUUUGCCUCUUCUUCGCCCUCCCUCUCUCCCUCUAUUCUAUGCACCUUGGUGGCAUAUGUUCUUUCUUCAUAGCCUGGCUUACCAACUUCAAACUUCUCUCUCUUGCCUUUGGCAAAGGCCCUCUCUCUGAACCCUCUCUCUCUCUCCCCAAAUUCCUUGCCAUUGGUUGCUUCCCCAUUAAGAUUCAACAAAACCCACCUCCCAAAACCACACAAACAGACCCUAAUAAAGAAAAGCCAUCUCCAAAUAAACCUCUAAACCAAGAAACCCCAUCUCCCCAAAAAACCCAAAAAGGCCAUAAAUCUCUUGGGAAUUAUGCUAUAAAGAUUGCUCUUGUGGCCAUGUUUGUACACAUAGAGCAGGCUGAGUAUGUUCAUCGAAAGCUCAUGUUGGUCAUGUAUUGCCUCCACAUCUACUUCAUGUUGGAGUUGAUGCUAGCCGCGGUCGCAGCCGUGGCUCGAGCCACCCUGAAUUUAGAGCUCGAGCCACAGUUCAACGACCCAUACCUCUCAACAUCUCUUCAAGACUUUUGGGGAAGAAGAUGGAACAUCAUGGUCUCUCGUACCCUGCACCCUACCGUAUACGAUCCUGUCCGCAGAAUCUCGACGAGGAUUGUGGGCCGAAAAUGGGCCCCAUUGCCUGCCGUGUUCAGCACGUUUGUAGUGUCGGCCCUAAUGCAUGAACUCAUAUUUUACUAUUUGGGCCGAAACAGGCCCACUUGGGAGAUGACAUGGUUCUUUGUUCUUCACGGAGCGUGCAUGGUUAUAGAGAUUACGGUCAAGAAGGCGAUGACCGGCAGGUGCCAGUUGCCUCCGGUAGUCACGAGGCCGCUCACCCUUGGAUUCGUGAUGGUUACCGGCUAUUGGCUGUUUUUCCCGGAGUUCUUUCGGAUUAAAGCUGACGUCAGAGCGUUUGAAGAGUACGCUCUGGUAGGCGCGUAUCUAACGGAUGUUGUUGGUGGGGCUGCGAAUCUCAGACUUUUGAAUGCCACUCGAGCUUAGACAUGCAUAAAAAAUAAUUAAAAGCAUUAAAAGUGGUGUUUUAAUAACAUCAUUAAUGAUGUAGUUGGUGAUUUUGUUUUUUUUUUUUUUAACAUUAUUAAUGUAUUAGUGUUAUUAAUGAUUUUUUUUUUAGUAAUAUAAAUGUUUGUUGGACAUGUA